UUUUCAGAUAAUCUUAUCAUAAUCGAAUCAGCUAAUGCGUUAUUAUCAAACAAAAGAAAACAAAAAAAACAAAGUUCACUCAGUUAAAGUUCUUCUCUACGUUACAUCCUAAUUAUAAUCAGUAGCCACACUAACAUCUAUCCUCGAAUUGUGUUCGGAGUGAAGAAAAAAAAUGGCAUCUCUCAUUGAUUCCCGAAGCGGUUUCUGCAAAUCAAACUCCACAUUCUAUAGCAAACGCAACCCACUGCCUCUCCCGGCGAACCCUUCCCUUGAUGUCACCACUUUCAUCUCCUCUCAGACUCACCGCGGCACCACCGCCUUCAUCGACGCAGCCACUGGCCUCCGGUUAAGCUUCUCCGAACUCUGGACAGCCGUGGAACGCGUCGCUGACUGUCUCCACCACGAUAUCGGUUUACGGAGAGGCCACGUCGUCCUCAUCCUCUCUCCCAACUCUAUCUACAUUCCCGUCGUCUCCCUCGCCGUCAUGUCUCUCGGCGCCGUCGUCACCACCGCGAACACUCUCAACACCGCCGGCGAGAUAUCCAGACAAACCGCCGACAGCAACCCAACGCUCGCCUUCACAACCGCCGACCUGGCUCCCAAACUCGCCGGUUCCGGUAUCUCCGUCGUCCUCGAGCGCGUGGGGUCCACUCGCGGAGUCAACGUCGUCGGGGCUGUGAGCGAGAUGAUGGAGAAGGAACCGAGUGGGCAGCGAGUCAGAGACCGAGUCAACGAGGAGGACACGGCGAUGAUGCUUUACUCGUCGGGCACAACGGGGCCGAGCAAAGGAGUGAUCACGUCUCACCGGAACUUAACAGCCUCUGUGGCGAGGUUCGUCUCUGAGAAACGGAUAGGAGGCCAGGUUUUCCUCUGCACCGUUCCCAUGUUCCACACCUACGGACUACUCUGCUUCACUAUGUUCACCGUAGCAGUGGGUUCCACGGUGGUGAUUCUCCGGAGAUUCGACCUCCACGGUAUGAUGGCCGCCGUUGAGAAGUACAGCGCCACGAUCCUGGCUUUGGCGCCGCCGGUUGUGGUAGCUAUGACUAACGAAGCGGAUGUGAUCAGGGCCAAGUACGAUCUGAGCUCACUGAGGACGGUGAGAUGCGGUGGGGCGCCGUUGAGUAAGGAGGUGACGGAGGGGUUCAUGGAGAAAUAUCCGACGGUUGAUAUUUUAGCUGGAUACGCUUUGACGGAAUCGAACGGUGCAGGAGCUUCGAUUGAUACGGUGGAGGAGAGCCGGAGAUACGGUUCGGUGGGGUUGUUGGCCCCCGGUGUGGAAGCGAGGAUUGUGGAUCCGGAUACGGGUCGGGUCAUGGGUGUCAACCAAACGGGCGAGCUCUGGCUCAGAGGGCCUUCUAUUUCCAAAGGUUAUUUUAAAAACGGGGAAGCUACAAAUGAGACCAUUAAUUUGGAAGGAUGGCUAAGAACUGGAGAUAUAUGUUAUAUUGAUGAAGAUGGGUUUCUUUUUGUCGUGGACCGAUUAAAAGAACUAAUCAAAUACAAAGGCUAUCAGGUGCCUCCAGCUGAACUAGAGGCUCUCUUGGUAACUCAUCCAGACAUUCUAGAUGCUGCUGUUAUUCCAUUUCCUGAUAAAGAAGCGGGACAAUAUCCAAUGGCCUACGUGACACGAAAGCUUGAGAGCGACCUAUCAGAGAAGCAAAUAAUUGACUUCGUGUCUAAACAGGUGGCACCGUAUAAGAAGAUAAGAAAAGUCGCAUUUAUAAACUCCAUACCAAAGAAUCCAUCCGGCAAGACACUUCGUAAAGAUCUAAUCAAACUCGCCACUUCUAAAAUUUGAAAUGAUCUAUUUGCUGGAUUCUCACUUCUUAGUGGUGAUGGUAUUAUAUUUUUCAAUAAGAGAGAAAUGUAAGAGCAUAUAUAUGUUGAACAGUUUAAAAGAAGAUUCUCUUUAACUCUAUAUCAAAAUAUUCCAUCUUUCCUA